AUGGUUGAAGGGGAAGCACUGGACAGCCCUGGGGAGGAGGCCUUCAUGAGGACAGCAGGUGAUGGCCAGGGCAAGAAGCUCCGGAGAUGGAGGCGGCGAUUUCAGACACCAGAGCCAUGUACCUCUGUGUCCCCCGUGUGCGGGCCCUGGUGCUCCACACCCGGCUGCACCGACUGCAUCAAGGCUGCGCUGGAGCUGCAGGAGCUGGUGCUGUCAGCGUGGGCUGGGAAAGGAGCUGCAGCCGAACUGGAUGAUUGCACAUGGCGGGCGCUCUGGCAGGACCUGAAGGAGCUGGUGGAGCAGGAGCAGCUGAGGUGCUGCGACUCCCCCAGUUACACCGAGAGCAUCAGUCCCCCUGAGAGCCUGACAGCCACAGUCCUGACUCGAGAUGGAGGAGCCCCUAUGAAGGGUGAUGGCCAGGGCAAGAAGCUCCGGAGAUGGAGGCGGCGAUUUCAGACACCAGAGCCAUGUACCUCUGUGUCCCCCGUGUGCGGGCCCUGGUGCUCCACACCCGGCUGCACCGACUGCAUCAAGGCUGCGCUGGAGCUGCAGGAGCUGGUGCUGUCAGAGUGGGCUGGGAAAGGAGCUGCAGCCGAACUGGAUGAUUGCACAUGGCAGGCGCUCUGGCAGGACCUGAAGGAGCUGGUGGAGCAGGAGCAGCUGAGGUGCUGCGACUCCCCCAGUUACACCGAGAGCAUCAGUCCCCCUGAGAGCCUGACAGCCACAGUCCUGACUCGAGAUGGAGGAGCCCCUAUGAAGGGUGAUGGCCAGGGCAAGAAGCUCCGGAGAUGGAGGCGGCGAUUUCAGACACCAGAGCCAUGUACCUCUGUGUCCCCCGUGUGCGGGCCCUGGUGCUCCACACCCGGCUGCACCGACUGCAUCAAGGCUGCGCUGGAGCUGCAGGAGCUGGUGCUGUCAGAGUGGGCUGGGAAAGGAGCUGCAGCCGAACUGGAUGAUUGCACAUGGCAGGCGCUCUGGCAGGACCUGAAAGAGCUGGUGGAGCAGGAGCAGCUGAGGUGCUGCGACUCCCCCAGUUACACCGAGAGCAUCAGUCCCCCUGAGAGCCUGACAGCCACAGUCCUGACUCGAGAUGGAGGAGCCCCUAUGAAGGGUGAUGGCCAGGGCAAGAAGCUCCGGAGAUGGAGGCGGCGAUUUCAGACACCAGAGCCAUGUACCUCUGUGUCCCCCGUGUGCGGGCCCUGGUGCUCCACACCCGGCUGCACCGACUGCAUCAAGGCUGCGCUGGAGCUGCAGGAGCUGGUGCUGUCAGAGUGGGCUGGGAAAGGAGCUGCAGCCGAACUGGAUGAUUGCACAUGGCAGGCGCUCUGGCAGGACCUGAAGGAGCUGGUGGAGCAGGAGCAGCUGAGGUGCUGCGACUCCCCCAGUUACACCGAGAGCAUCAGUCCCCCUGAGAGCCUGACAGCCACAGUCCUGACUCGAGAUGGAGGAGCCCCUAUGAAGGGUGAUGGCCAGGGCAAGAAGCUCCGGAGAUGGAGGCGGCGAUUUCAGACACCAGAGCCAUGUACCUCUGUGUCCCCCGUGUGCGGGCCCUGGUGCUCCACACCCGGCUGCACCGACUGCAUCAAGGCUGCGCUGGAGCUGCAGGAGCUGGUGCUGUCAGAGUGGGCUGGGAAAGGAGCUGCAGCCGAACUGGAUGAUUGCACAUGGCAGGCGCUCUGGCAGGACCUGAAAGAGCUGGUGGAGCAGGAGCAGCUGAGGUGCUGCGACUCCCCCAGUUACACCGAGAGCAUCAGUCCCCCUGAGAGCCUGACAGCCACAGUCCUGACUCGAGAUGGAGGAGCCCCUAUGAAGGGUGAUGGCCAGGGCAAGAAGCUCCGGAGAUGGAGGCGGCGAUUUCAGACACCAGAGCCAUGUACCUCUGUGUCCCCCGUGUGCGGGCCCUGGUGCUCCACACCCGGCUGCACCGACUGCAUCAAGGCUGCGCUGGAGCUGCAGGAGCUGGUGCUGUCAGAGUGGGCUGGGAAAGGAGCUGCAGCCGAACUGGAUGAUUGCACAUGGCAGGCGCUCUGGCAGGACCUGAAAGAGCUGGUGGAGCAGGAGCAGCUGAGGUGCUGCGACUCCCCCAGUUACACCGAGAGCAUCAGUCCCCCUGAGAGCCUGACAGCCACAGUCCUGACUCGAGAUGGAGGAGCCCCUAUGAAGGGUGAUGGCCAGGGCAAGAAGCUCCGGAGAUGGAGGCGGCGAUUUCAGACAUCAGAGCCAUGUAAGUCCCCGGCAGAGUGGGCUGGGAAAGGAGCUGCAGCCGAACUGGAUGAUUGCACAUGGCAGGCGCUCUGGCAGGACCUGAAGGAGCUGGUGGAGCAGGAGCAGCUGAGGUGCUGCGACUCCCCCAGUUACACCGAGAGCAUCAGUCCCCCUGAGAGCCUGACAGCCACAGUCCUGACUCGAGAUGGAGGAGCCCCUAUGAAGGGUGAUGGCCAGGGCAAGAAGCUCCGGAGAUGGAGGCGGCGAUUUCAGACAUCAGAGCCAUGUACCUCUGUGUCCCCCGUGUGUGGGCCCUGGCGCUGCACAUCCGGGUGCACCGACUGCAUCAAGGCUGCGCUGGAGCUGCAGGAGCUGGUGCUGUCAGCGUGGGCUGGGAAAGGAGCUGCAGCCGAACUGGAUGAUUGCACAUGGCAGGCGCUCUGGCAGGACCUGAAGGAGCUGGUGGAGCAGGAGCAGCUGAGGUGCUGCGACUCCCCCCGUUACACCAAGAGCAUCCGUCCACCUGAGAGCCUGACAGCCACAGUCCUGACUCGAGAUGGAGGAGCCCCUAUGGAGAUGAAGGCUGCUUGCUUCCUCCAAGACACGGGUGCGGGCAGAGUCUCUUCAGCCCUGAAGAUUCACGUGGCUGGGAAAGCCCUGGAGAUACGGCUGGGGGCCCUGCCCAUGCUGGUGAAGAAGUCCCAGGAGCAAGCAGCACAGCAGCAGGGCUGCCUCCGUGUCCUGCCCAAGCUCACCCUGCCAGGACAGAGCCAACGCAUGCUGCAGCACGAGCUGUACCCCUCGAUGCAGGCCAAGGCGAACGCUAUUGUGGAUCCCAUUGAGGAGGAGGAAGUGCGGAGCCUAUGCGGGUUCUCAAUACCCACUGAGAAGUCCCUGACACCUGACUCUCAGAAGAAACCAGCCAUCCAAGCACCAGAGGAGGAUACACUGAGGAAGAGCCUCCUUCACCUGGGUAGGGGUUUGUCACCGUGGGAAAAGGUGAGCCUGUGGCGUUUUGGUUUAGACACGGCCCCCACUGCCAUUCCCAGCCUGGAUAAUGGAGCAGCAGGACCAGAAGAAGGACCAGCUUCCAUGCUCCUGAGGAAAGAUGCUGACUGUCAGCUGAACGUCCCCACACAGGGCAGGGUCCAUGCCCAGGCAGAGGACAGGAGCUGGUGCUGUGACACUGCACCUAGCAGGAACAUAAGGCUGGAGCUGAACAGGAAGGUCCACAGCAAACUCUGGAUCCACACAGCAAGAAAAUGCCUGGAGAUAAAGCUCGAAAUACUUCCCAUGGCAGUGCAGAGGUCCAUGGACAUGUUGCAGGGCCCAGUGCCAGGGCUCAGUGGACUGAGGCAGGCUGGGACUGGGCACCUGCGGCCACGCAAGGGCUCUGCCCCUGUGGCAAAAGCAAAGCAGCUCAGGCAGAAGGAAUGGGUCCCACAGCAGCAGGUUCAGGCGUCCCUCACCUGCACUAUGGUCCCCAUGACACCGUGCUCCUGCACUAUGGUCCCCAUGACACCGUGCUCCUGCCUGGAUAGUAUCUCCUCCAACAGCCCCGUUCUAGGGCAGGAGAGAAGCUCGGCAUCGCUGGAGGCCUGGACCCUGCACAGCACAUCCUUCAGCUCUGGGAAUGAGAUGGACACAGACCCCAAGGAUGCCCAAAAGACACUCUGUGGGAUCGUGAAGGACUCAAUACGUGUGCUCAUGCCAACCAUGCCCAGCCCAGGAUGCCCAGGACACUGCAGCAGCAUCGACCAGCAAUACCCUGCGUGCGGUUCUGGAGAAGAUUCAGCAGCGGCGAAGGAAGGUGUCCUCAUCCCCCGAGAGCUCUUCCACUGGAUGCUGCUGCUGCCGUGA